AUGGAGAUCGCUGGGCCGUCCGGUAUCGGCAAGAGUAACGGGCUAGUUUCCAUAGCAAACCGGCUGCUCAUCUGGGCGGCACAGGAGCGCAGGGCUGGACGACGUGUCAGGAUAUUCCCUAUCCUGAACGCGGAGUCCUUGCUGGGGAAGGAAACAUGGGCUGAUGGGGUUCAGGCGGCUCUAGGAGCGGGUUUUCAUGAUGACAAAGAGGCCCUCGCUGCCAUCCCCCAGCUGGAGUUACCUCGUGACGUCUCCCACUUUGUGCAAAGGGCAACUGAUAUUGCCUGCUGGUUGAUAGACCAAGCGCACGGAAUCUUCCAGGACAAGGACGUUCUGGAUCGGGUGUCCGCAAUGACAGCACUGCGGCACGCGGUGUUCGUCUCCAGUGGUGGGGGAACAAGGGCCUCGGAGCAGCAUGCCCGACACCUCAACGUCCGCACCCUGCCUCUACCUACUGCAAUCAGUCCGGCGGCUCUAGGAGCGGGUUUUCAUGAUGACGAAGAGGCAAUUGCUGUCAUCCCCCAGCUGGACUCACCAGAGGCUGUGUCUGACUUUGUGUUGGAGGCAACCAAGGGCGCUUGUUGGCUGAUCGAUCAAGCGCACGGGAUCUUCCAGGACAAGGAGGCUCUUGAUCAGGUCAAAGCAAUGACGACCUUACAACACGUGGUGUUCGUCUCCAGUGGUGGGGGAACAAGGGCCUCGGAGCAGCAUGCGCGACACCUCAAUGUCCGCACCCUGCCUCUCCCUACUGCAAUCAGUCCGGUAGACAUCCACAACUGGGAAUCACGGUACACAGUCCCCUUCAAAUCAAGCUCGGCUGCGAGGCGGUUGGACAUGCUGGCGGACAACCUGCUGCUGCGCUAUACAUUCUGGCAAUCGUGUGGAGAGGUGGGCGUCCCGCUGCCGCCGCUCAGCGACGACGUCAUGAAGACUCUGGUCCCAGAGCGGCCCUCUAAGCGGCAAAGAUUAUUACCUGGUGAGUUUGAGGCCACUUCUGAAGGAGCAGUCCAGGAGAAAACUCCCACUGCAACGGGAGGGGCAUCUGCGAGCAACAGCGAAGAUUCUGUCAGCUUCGGUGCGGCAUGGAGCCACUUCCUGAAGAGCAAAGCAGUGCAAGCCCUUUUCUCGGAUCUCAUGGGCACGUUGCAGCGCUACAUCUUGGAACCAGAGAUGCUUCGCCAUGUCAAGGACAAGUGCAUGGAGUUGGCUCUCGCAACAACCUGGGUGGAUCUCAAGCCCGGUGUGUUCAGCGGGCGCGACUUCCUCUUCGAGCACUCGGGGUCCGAGCUGCUGCUCAAAGCACAACCAGCUAGCGACAUUGUCCGCUUUGCCCUGGCCCAAGCCGCAGAAGCAGCAGUCUCCUGUGAGCUCGCAUUCACAGGCUGCAUGGGCAAGUUGCUCCAGGAGCUCGGGAGCCCCGAUCCCCACCCUGCACUCAUUGGCAUCCUGGCAGAGCGGGUGGUGGGAGAACGGCUGCAGCAGGGUGCUGGUCAAGCCUACUUCGGGGUCAAGACGCGGAUGCGGCGGGUCCGCAAGUUCAAGCAGGAUCAGGUAGAAAGGUUAGUCAGCGACCUGCUGGAGGAUGCGCUGAAGGUGCUCUCGGGGGGAAAGGAGGAGCAGCACGUCACUCUGGGGGUACCAGACGAGUUCAACGCACGCGACACUGACUUCCACGUGAUUGUCAUCCAGAAGCGGGUGGUGGGAGAACGGCUGCAGCAGGGUGCUGGCCAAGCCUACUUCGGGGUCAAGACGCGGAUGCGGCGGGUCCGCAAGUUCAAGCAGCAUCAGGUAGAAAGGUUAGUCAGCGACCUGCUGGAAGAUGCGCUGAAGGUGCUCUCGGGGGGAAAGGAGGAGCAGCUUGUCACUCUGGGGGUACCAGACGAGUUCAACGCACGCAACACUGACUUCCACGUGAUUGUCAUCCAGAGCUCUUUAGGAAACAGGACGUGCCUUCCUGCUGGAGGUCACCAUGUUGUGGCAUCAAGUCUGUAG